AUGUUAGACAAAAAAUAAAAUAAAAACAUCAUGGAUGUCGUAACCGCAGCUGAGCGUCAAAAGGCGCAGUGACAAAAUAAUUUAUUCUAAUUUUUAUUUAUGAUUAUGGGUGACGAUAAUUCAAAUUCUAGUAAAAAAUGUGAAACAAAUAAAUUCGACGUUAUAAUUAUUGGCGGUGGUAUGGCCGGACUGGCCGCCGCCAAUCAUCUCCUGAAAAAUGGCAUAGAAAACUUUGUAAUUUUGGAAGCUAGAAAACGUAUUGGUGGCAGAAUUAUAUCUAUACCAAUGAAGAACCAUAAGGUGGAGUUAGGAGCCAACUGGAUUCAUGGAGUCCUUGGUAAUCCUAUAUUUGAAAUUGCUAUGGCAAACAACCUUGUAAAUAUUAUAAACAUACCGAAACCCCACAAGGUUAUAGCGGCAACAGAAGAUGGUAAGCAAGUGCCUUUUGGAGUCCUGCAUGAAAUUCAUGAAGCUUAUGUGUGUUUCCUACGGCGCUGUGAGGAGUACUUCUUGUGUCAGUACCUGCCGCCGCCUGACAUACAUAGUGUGGGAGAGCACAUCAACUUGGAGGCCACUAUUUAUCUAGAACGAUUACCUUCUUCAGAGGAGAAAAAACUUAGACGUUUAAUAUUCGAUUGCUUAUUAAAACGUGAAACUUGUAUAUCUGGCUGCAAUACCAUGGAUGAAAUUGAUCUUCUUGAAUUAGGUAGCUACACAGAAUUACAAGGAGGCAACAUCAUGAUACCAACAGGGUAUAGCUCUAUAUUGGAACCAAUGACAAAGAAUAUUGCUCCUGAAAAAAUAUUACUAGAUCACCCUGUGAAAAAGAUAAUUUGGGACUCUGAUCAACAUGACUCACGGAAUUUAGACGAUAUGGGUGAAGAAUCUGAGGAUUCUGAUCAAACUGUGAUAGAAGAUGUUUCAAAAGCAACUACCUCUGAGAAGGCAGUGCAGCCCAGUGAAGAUGCUUCUACAGCAGAAGGUGCACAAAAACCAAAGAAAAAACAUUCAAGUUAUGUGGAAGUAAAUUGUGAAAAUGAAAAAACUUUUUAUGCUAAACAUGUGAUAUGCACAAUCCCAUUAGGUGUUUUGAAAGAACAUGUAUCAAAUUUAUUUGAACCUAAAUUGCCUCGGUAUAAAACAGAGGCUGUUGAGAGAUUAUUAUUUGGUGCAGUAGAUAAAAUAUUCUUAGAAUAUGAAAGGCCUUUUCUGAAUCCAGAAGUAACAGAGAUCAUGUUGCUUUGGGAGAGUGCUACUACUCCAGAAGAUAUAGCCAGUUCAUGGUACAAAAAGAUUUAUUCUUUUACAAAAGUUACAGAGACUCUUUUGUUGGGUUGGGUGUCAGGGAAAGAAGCAGAACACAUGGAGACACUGUCAAUGGAAGUGGUGGCAGCGACAUGCACAAAUAUUCUGCGUAAAUUUCUAAAUGACCCCUUUGUCCCAGAACCUAUUAAGUGUGUAUGUUCCAGCUGGAAGAAACAACAUUAUACCAAAGGUUCAUAUACAGCUAUAGCAGUGGGUGCUAGUCAGAGCGACAUUGAGAGCUUAGCACAACCAUUAUUCAGAAAUGUACAUGACAAAAAGCCUGUUUUGCUCUUUGCUGGAGAGCACACUCACAGUAGCUUUUACUCUACGGUACACGGGGCCUAUCUGUCAGGCCAGACGGCUGCGCGACGCCUCCUCGCCCCCGAGGAACCACCAGAGAAUAUACUAGAAUGCCCAGGUUCAGCUGAUCUCAACUCAUGGAUACAAGGCAUACAGCUAGAAGGGUAACAUUAAUUAUUUUUUGUGAUUAUGAAAUAAUACCUGUAUAGUAAUAGUAUUUUUUUUAUGCUUGAGAAUAUUAGUACACAGGAGCAGUCUUUGUGUUAUGUUAAUUUUUGAACAUGACAAUGGCUAUAAUAUUAUGUUAUUACAAUAAUGAAAUCUAUAUGAUAUAGAGUUAUGUUAUUUAUGAAAUAGUUACAUAUUGAUAAUGCAAUAUGUUGACACUUAUGUAAAGAACAGACUUGAAUGACCCUGGUUGUUUGUCAUAAUUUAUACAGUGAAAUAGAAAUGUAAUUUUAAUUGCAUUAAUUCCAUAGUUAUUACUUAUUAGAUAUCUCUAAGAUUCAUAAUGUAGUCUUAUUUCCAUUUAUAAAUAGUGUCAAAGCAAAUUAUUGCUUCAAGUAGCUUUAAAAUUUGGGUAAAAAUUAUAGUUAUCCCCUCAGUAAGGUGAACAAAAAUUUAUUGAAUUUUUGUAUUUGCAACUAACGGUCCAUAGCAGUCUUUAUUAACUUGUCACCGAAACGACAACUGUGCGGCGCGGCGACGUUCAGUAGGAGGAGCAGGUGUUGUUUUUUCAUCUAUCUUGCAAACAAUAGCAUUCAUAACUGUAUCCAGAACUGGAUCAUCAAGAAUAUAUUUGGCGACUAGUAAGUCGCGAAUAGGUAGUGUAGUAACACUACCUAUUGUAAAAUUUAAGAAAUUCCAUAAAUUCUCAGUUCACCACAAGAUUUAAUUAAAUCUUAAAAUAUUUUGAUAUUUCAAUUGAUUCAUGGUUAUGUAAAAAUGUAUAUAGCUGGUGUCUCAAACUACCAAUUAGUUGUAAUAAAUUUAUAAAUGGUUACCAUACAUCAA